AUGCUCUUGCAACUGGGCAACCCUGUUAUCAAAGGUUUUUCCUAUGCUGGCCGUGCAGACAGUUACCAGACGACCUCUUGGUCCGUAGGAGAGGAAUACAUCAGAGAAUACAAUGGCUGGUUCCUGGAGCAACAGACACAGUUUUUACUGGGAAGGGAUAGCUUUAAGAACUUUCUAAACUUCAUGGGGCACCUGUCCUAUCAGUGUGACAGGCUGUUAGCGGACAAAGACAUUAUAAGUUUCCUCCAGAGGGAAAACUAUGACAUCGCCAUCCUUGAUGCUUUUAACCCCUGCUCCUUCAUCCUGGCUCACAAACUUGGGGUCCGUUACAUAGCUUUCUACCCCGGCACUCUGAACGGCCCGCUGUCUAUCGCCCUCCCCAGCCCGGUGUCCCACGUGCCAGUCUUCAGCUCCCAGCUGUCCGACAACAUGAGCCUCUGGGGUCGUGCAAAGAACCUCUUCUAUUCUGUCUUGUCUCCUGUUGGCCAGGAACUUGUAUGGCGGACAUUUAGGGAAGUAGCUGAGCGCCACCUUGAGUCGGGACCCCCCCCUGGAGGUCUGAAGGAGUUACAUGGAGGAGCUGAACUCUGGGCCUUCAACACUGACUUUUCACUGGAGUUCCCCCAGCCCCUCAUGCCUUACACGGUGCUGGUGGGAGGUCUGCUGAGUAAACCUGCCAAGCCUCUGGAGCAGGAUCUUGAGUUGUGGAUCUCCAGUUUUGGAGAGGCAGGUUUUAUUGUCGUGACUUUGGGAUCAAUGGUCUCCUCAGUCUCUGUGGAGCGUCUGCUUGUGGAGCUGGUGGCCGGCUUCUCUAGGAUCCCUCAGGGGGUUUUCUGGAGGUAUGACCCCAUGCGCUGGCCAUCUCAUCUGGAUAAACCUUCUAAUCUCAUGAUAGGGGACUGGCUGCCUCUUAAUGAUCUGCUGGGCCACAAUAAAGCUCGUCUCUUCAUCACCCAUGGUGGACAAAACAGCCUGCUCCAGGCGGUGUACCAUGCUGUGCCUGUGCUGGGAAUCCCUCUGUUUGGGGAUCAGUUUGAUAAUGUGGUGAGGGCUGAAACAAAGGGACUUGGCCUCACCAUCAGCCCCACACACAUCACCAGGGAGCUGCUCAGCUCCACAAUUCAAAAACUCACACAGGACGUCAGGAUCAAGUCUUCAGCUUUGUCCCUUAGCAGGAUCCACAGAUCUCAUCCUGUCCCUCCAGCCCUUCGACUCAUCCAGUGGGUUGAGCACAUCCUGCAUAGUGGAGGUGGAGCUCAUCUAAGGCCUGCUUCACUGACACAAGCCUGGUACCAGAGAUACCUGCUGGACCUGGCGCUUCUUCUCUUCCUGGGGCUUCUGGGACCUGUAGUUCUCUGCUGGACUUUCUGUAGGAAGAAGAAUAGCAGGGACAAACACAAAAAAGUACAAUAG